CAGACGAGGGAGGUCGCCUUUCUGACCAGAUAUGGAGGCUCAGCAGUUGAAAGAAAAACUCUUCUAACACUCUGAAACUUUACUUGUUUUACUUUCUAACCAAAGAGGACGUCAUCUAGGAGAAAAUUUACUCUUUCCACUUCAUGUUGUAGUUGUUGUUACCUUUCUUUGCUUAGUUUUGAAGAGGAUUUACCUGUGAAUGAAAAGGAGUGCUUUUUUUCUUGGCUGAAAAGGACAAUAACCAGUGGAAUACAUUGUCCAAAUCUGCUGUGUGAGUUGCGGAGAGGUUUAAAAGCGUGCACAUUCCGGUUUUACUGCCUGAAGUAACAAAGUACCUUUCCUGAACAUAUGAGGGGUUUGGCUGUUACCACUGUGUUCAUACGUUUUACUGCUUAUUAACUGCAGUCAUUCUGCUUCAGAAGUUGGAGUACCUCUGGUGUUUCUUUUUCUGGAGAGGCUCUUCCUCUUUUUAUCACUUCAUUCCUACCUCCUUCAUCUUUUUGUCCCUCUCUCUUUGUGUACUCUGGAGAAGGAGGAGCUCAGGACCAAAGAGAAGAGGACUGGGGAGUGAUGUUAUAAUGUGCAUUAAGUACAAGCAGCGCGAUGGCAAUUGACUCAGUUGACUCCGCCUUCUACAUGGAACCACUCUGAACCAAUCAGAAACCAGCUAGCUAUGGACUGCACAGCGACUAUUUUGAAACCAUGCAUCUGCUCCAGAACCAAGUGGUGUCGGAAUGAGAGGUCCUCCACUCGUCGCCCAUGGAGACUGCUGCACGGCUGCGGUUGCGGCCGAGAUAUCAUGGAAGUGGAUGACGUAGUGAGCCACACCUCCUCCCUCCUGCGGCGCUUGCUGUUUUAUGUCUGCUGUUGUCUGUCCCACGAGGACAGCCCUGAGCUGUGCCGAGAUUGGGUGGCUCAUCCUGUCAAUGGAGCACAGAGAGGAGGAGGAGGAGGAAGAAGAGAGGAGGAAGGUGAGGAAGAGGAGUUGGGACCUCCCCCCUCAGUGGAUGAGGCGGCUGAUGCUCUGAUGACCAGGUUGGGCUUCCUGCUGGGGGACAAGAUAAUCGGUGGAGAGCCGGGGUCCCCUUACCACGCCCAGGACGAUGGACAGAGGAUCUCUCCGUCCUCCAGUCUGGCCAGCAGCAGCACCUCCCCCUGUUCCACACUGCAGCGCCCUGCUGGAGAAGAGGGCAACAACAACAACAAGCAUGCCUCCUCCACCCACGCCUCUGUCACCUCCCCCACCUCAACACUGGAAAGCAGAGACAGCGGUAUCAUAGCCACUUUGACCAGCUACUCUGCAGAGUCGGCGGCAGAGCAGGACAACAGCGCCAAAUACUCAGGCGAUGGUUACCAUGGGAGCAGCCUCAACCUCUGGCAGCAGGGGGGCCGGACGGUGGUGGCCUCAACCUCCUCUUCCUGUAUGGUAGCAACAGGAAAUCCGAAUGACGGCUUUCUGUACAGGGUGGAUGACAACAUGGCUGCCUCCACUUACAGCCUCAACAAACUCCACCCAGACCGAGGUCCUGGCGCUGCCCGCUCUUCAGGCUCCACCCACUCCAUACCUCUCUACCUCAUGCCCCGCCCUAAUUCAGUUGCAGCCACUAGCUCCGCCCACCUUGAAGAUCUGGCCUAUCUGGACGACCAGCAGAGACACAUCCCUUCGAGGACGUCCCUCAGAAUGCCCAGACAGAAUUCUGGGAGUUGUAGUCAGGACCACAGAGUUCGUUUCACUCCCUCUCUCAACCUGAAGCCCCUCCACUUUGAGAUUCCUGGCCUCUCGUCUGAUUGGCUGUUCACCGGCAGGGAGUGGCUCUUUCAGGAAGUGGACACCUGUCUCUCCAGGGAUGACCCUUCAACCAGCCAGGGCGUGGUGAUCAUUGGCAACAUGGGGUUUGGCAAAACGGCCAUCAUCGCCCGUCUGGUGGCGCUCAGUUGUCACGGAAACCGAAUGUGGCCAACUGCUGCUGGAAGCCAGACCAUCCCCAAGCAUGUAGCGCCUACAGUUUCUUUCUCCAACGAUUCCCUGGGAAGAGGAGGAGGAAGAGGCGAUGAAGGAGAUGGGGGAAGCUGUCCAGGAACUCCAGAGAUGAGGAGGAGACAGAAGGAGGUGCUGAGGAAGCUUGCAGGACAGGUAGUCUCAUAUCAUUUCUGUCAGUCUGAUAACUGUCACACCUGUCUGGUUCCGGAGUUCGUCCACAACAUGGCCGCUAUGCUAAGUGACGCCCCUCAGCUGUUGGCCUAUCGGGAGCUGCUACACCGGUCACCGCAGCUACAGAGCACGCUCAGUCUGCGCUCCUGCAUCCAGGAUCCGAGCUCUGCCCUCCAGAGAGGAAUACUGGAGCCGCUGGAUGCUCUCUACAGAGAGAGGAAGUUGCACGUGGAAAGGGCGGGGCUUAUUGUGCUGAUUGACGGGUUGAACGAGGCUGAAUUCCACCGGCCGGACUACGGCGACACACUCACUUCCUUCCUGUCCAGAAACAUUCAGAAAUUUCCAUCCUGGUUGAAGGUCAUCACCACAGUCAGGACCAGUCAGCAGGAAACCACUCGUUCUCUACCUUUUCACCGCAUCUCUCUAGACAAGAUGGAGGAGAACAACGCCAUCGACCAGGACCUGCAGGGUUACCUGAUGCAGCGUAUCCACAGCAGUGGUGAGAUCCAGAGCAACGUGUCAUUGAGCAAUGGUCGCCUUGACAACACGGCCCUCACCAAACUGAUCAGCCACCUGAAGAGCCUGAGCAGAGGCUCAUACCUCUACCUGAAACUGACCCUGGACCUGAUAGAGGGAGGAUACCUGGUCCUAAAGAGCUCCAGCUUCAAGGUGGUUCCUGUGAGUCUAGCAGAGGUCUACCUGCUUCAGCUCAACAUGAGGUUUCCCACCCAGUCAUCUUUUGAGAGAGUCCUGCCACUGCUCAACAUCACUGUGGCAUCACUGCACCCACUGACCGACCAGCAGCUGUUUGAGGUGGUGAAUGCAGGCGCUCUGACUGGGGGAUCUCUGCAGUGGGCUGAGUUCGUGCAGCGGUUGGAGCAGCUCUCGUCUUUUCUCUUGAGGCGAAGCGACGGCAGCUGGAUGCUAAACCACGCCUCCUUCAGGGAGUGGCUGGUUUGGAGGGAGGAGGGGCAGGAUGACAGGUUCCUCUGUGACCCCAGGAGUGGUCACACUCUGCUGGCCUUCUGGCUCUGCAGACAGGAGGGGAAGCUGAAUCGACAGCAGACACUGGAGCUGGGACAUCACAUCCUGAAGGCUCAUAUCUACAAGGGUCUGAGUAAGAAGCUUGGGGUUUCCUCCUCAGUUCUGCAGGGGCUGUGGCUCUCAUACAGCACAGAGAACCUGAGCCCCGUUCUUUCAUCUCUGCGCAACCUCUACACCCCUAACAUCAAGGUGAGCAGGUUGCUGAUAAUGGGUGGGGCUGAUGUGGAUUACCGUAGUGAUGUCCUUAACAACGCCCCCCUGCUGUGUGUCCACUCCCACCUGGGCCACAACGAUGCCGUGGCGCUGCUGCUCGACCAUGGCGCUCAGGUGGAUGCUCAGUCACGGGAUGGUUUGACGGCGCUGGGAUUUGCUGCUGCAGCUGGACAUCUGGAAAUAGUCAUCAUGCUGAGUCAGCACCAAGCUAAGGUGGGUCAUGUGGACAGCUCAGGUCAGUGCGUGUUGGUGCACGCGGUUCAUCGAGGCCACCUCAAGGUGCUGCACUUCCUGUUGAAGCAGGCAGACUGGAGCUGCACUUCCUGCUGCAGCCAAAGAGGGGCGAGCAAGAGCCAGGCAGUGCAGCAAGCUCUGAUUGCAGCAGCCAGCAUGGGCCACACAGAGAUAGUGUCAUACCUACUGGAUCUUCCGGAAGAAGACGAGGAAGAGGAGGAGAGACCUGAGAUCAACACGUUUGACAGUCUCUGGGGAGAGACAGCUCUGACAGCAGCAGCAGGAGGUGGCCGUCUGUCUGUGUGCAGGCUGUUGUUGGAUCAGGGGGCAGCUGUUGAGCAAGGCAACAGACGAGGUGUGGCUCCGCUCUUCAACGCUGUGAGACGAGGCCACUGGCAGGUGGUGGAGUUGUUACUGAAUCACGGGGUGGAGGUGAACAUGGUCGACCAGCAGGGCCGAACAGCUCUGAUGACGGCAGCCUCAGAGGGACAUAUGCCCACAGCCCAGCUGCUGUUGGAUCAUGGAGCCUCUCUGGACCAGAGCGACAGGGAGGGGUUAACGGCGCUGAGCUGGGCUUGUCUGAAAGGACAGCUCCUAUUGGUCAGAGAGCUGGUGGAAAGAGGUGCAGCCACAACUCAUGCUGACCGCAGUGGACGUACACCUCUGGACCUGGCUGCAUUUCGCGGUGACCCAGAAGUGGUGCAGUUCCUGGUGGAACAUGGCGCGUCGGUGGAGCAUGUGGAUUGCAGCGGGAUGCGUCCUCUGGACCGAGCGGUCGGCUGCAGAAACACUUCAGCUGUCAUCGCUCUGCUCAAACAGGGAGCCAAGAUAGGACCAGCGACAUGGGCCAUGGCAACCUCUAAACCAGACAUCCUAAUGGUUCUGCUCAGUAAAUUGAUCCAAGAGGGAGACAAACUAUACAAGCAAGGUAAAGUGAGGGAGGCUGCUCACUCCUAUCAGUCAGCACUCCAGAAAUUUCCAGGAGACGAGCUGAAGACGUUCAGACAAUUGAGAGUGUGUGUGCUGCUCAACCUGUCACGCUGCCGCCGCAAGAUGAAUGAUUUUGGCCUUGCUGAGGAGUUCGCUACCAAAGCACUAGAGCUAAAAGCAAAAUCCUAUGAGGCCUUUUAUGCCAGAGCCCGGGCCAAACGCAGCCGCAGACAGUUCCAUGCAGCUCUGGAGGACCUGAUUGAGGCCAGUCGCCUGUGUCCAUCCAACCGGGAGAUCCAGCGUUUGCUGUCCCGGGUCAAGGAAGAGUGUCGGCAGGUUGCGCAACAACAACAACAACAAGAGUCUCCCCCUCCUUCAUCACACCAUGUUUAUCAACAGAAUGUGUCCAUCAGCGAGGCCAGGUACAGAGAUUCAGGUUCUCUCCAGGUGCAGGACAGGGGGGGGCUUACCAAGGAAGAGGAGGAAGAGGAGAAGGAAGACGAGAGGUGUUACAGGGAAGGAGAUCCUCCACCACACUUGUCCUCCUUCCACCCUCCGCCUGUGGUUCAAAGUUUUGACACCCACUGCCGUCCUGGGGUGCCAUCAUCCUCCUCACUCUCCCCCACUCACUUGUAUCAUCACAUCCCGAGUCCCAUCCACUCCCCCUCUUCCUCUUCACCCUGUCAUUCUGCUCCUCCUCCUCCCUCCUCUUCCUAUCACCAAUUCAGCCCUCCUCCCUCCCCAAUGCAACAUCAGCAGCAAGGCCCGAUAUCGGAAGGCAUCCCCGCAUUUUCAGGAUCUGGAGGUCUGCACCACUACCCACAGUCCAUCUCAGCCCUCCUCCACUCAGACCAGAAACAGGGAGUGCAGCAGCACCACUACCUGUCCGAUCAGAGAUCCUUUCAGAAGCAGAACCCUGUUCAAGGCCAGUGGCUCCAGCCAGCCAAAGUCCAGGUUGUCAGAACCAGUCAGCCGAGUUCUUCAUCCCACUCCAGCAUGGUUUUGGGAAGUUCUGCUUACUCGCAGUUUGCUCAUCUGCCCCAAGAAUUGGCUGAACUGGGGGAAGGAAUUCACUCCAGUCCCCUAGAUGUCAGGCCUAGCCUGCAGGUCCAGGCUGGUCUGAAUCCUGGAGCUUCAUAUCCACCAGAUGAUCUGGAUGUUGACUUGGUUUGCCAGUCAAGAUCUGCAUCUGCCUAUGGGAGAGGAGCAGGAGGGGAGAGAGCGGGGAAAAGCCGGUUUGCUCAGGCCCAUCAGUUCAGUCGCAACCAGUCCAAAGCAGCUUACUAUCCCAUGGAAGUCACAGAGGCUACGCUGGAACCCCCUGAUAGCCUUCCACCAUUGCAUGAUUAUCAAUACCACCACCAGGGUGGGCUACGACGCCCACUCAGUGCGCAUCCAACCUCCUCCUCGGCUUCCGCCCCCAGGCCUGUCAUCCAGAGUGUCAGCGUCCGCUUCUCUACCAGCAGCGGCAGCCUUGCCGGCGGGCAGCCAGCCAAUCAUGGCUCAAGCUUCAGGACCUCAGCCUCCACCCAGCACAUGGACUUACCCUCAGAUCUGGCCUCUGUGGGAGGAGUCACUGGUUACCAUGAUGAUCUCUUUCUCAUCUCCUCCCCCCAGUCAGAAAUAGGCAUGGUAGGAGGCGGGACUUAUCCUGGAGAGGUGGGCCGGUCAUCUCGGAGCACUCCUUUUAUGGGUGUUACUGACAAGAAAGUGAGGGUGCACCAGCAGUAUCAGCAACAAGCUCCUUCCAGUUCCUCAUCGUGUCUCAGCCCCUCCCGAUCCUGGGCUGUGUCUUCAGUAGACACGGUUGUCACCUCGCCGAGCAAAACCCCCACCAAUCAAGGAGGUUUCAGUCACGCGCAGCCCUCCUCCAUCGCAUACCACAACCGUAGCAACAACAAUGCCCACAACGGUCACCUCCUCCACGACAACCUGCUCGACUGCUACGAGGUGCUGCCGGGCGGCGGCCCUCAGGGUGAAGUCAGUAACAAUCCCUCUUACGUGGACGUGAAGCUCGCCCGAACACUGCCAGUGAUUCACAGCUGCUCAGACAGACCGUCUGAGAGGAAGACAGGACCUACCUCUCCUGUCAAACCAAAAAGACCCUUUGUUGAGUCCAAUGUAUAGAGAAAAUUUAAAUGAUAAGUCAGACACAAGGGAGGAGGGUUAAUGUAGAGUGUUUAAAAAGAAGUCAGUGUACCUGUAUAUUCCAAGUUUAACUGGGGCUGUGGAAUUGUUACGGUAAGAUACGGUAUGACGAGUAGUUUGUACGAGAUUGAGAGGGGAUGCAAUAAGAGUUGUUGGUUGUACACACUCUGUAGUACACAUGAAAAGUGAUUGAAGUAGUUUGUUCAUGUACUUUGACGCACAAAAGAGAGCUUGAGAGAAAAGGUUAUGUUGUCAGCAGUUGCUGCGUGAAUGCCUGUCAGAUUGUCAGUUUCAGUGAACUCCAUGUGAAGCAUACUGACUCUUUUACUGUGCAGAAGAAGAAAACAUUGCCUGUAACAGGUCAGGUGUGUCAGAGACAGAAAAGAAGCAAGGACGAACAGAAAGAGAAAACUGCAAGUUUUGAAGAACUUGAUCUUUCGUUCUGAAGCAAGUGGCAGCUCCUGGCAUCACAAAGCACAAUGAGGAAGAGGAUGUUUGGUGAAAUAAAUAAAUGAAUAAAUACAAAAAGAUGUCACUGAAAAAUCCCUCCUUCCUUCCCUGGUCAUCUCUGGCUUACAGUGCAUUUUAAAACUGAUGUCUCUGGAUGCCCAUGUUACACUGCUGUAGAGUUUUUCUGCCGAGUUGAUGUAUGCAACAGGAGGGACACAAAAAUCACCACUAUUACCUUUGUGUGCUGUUGACGCCUUUAAUGAAAAUUUACAUUUCAAGUUUGAAGCGCUUAAAUGAUACAAUGACUGGAAACCCUGGAUACAUCCAGGCUCUGUGACCUGUGCUGAGCAGGUGCAGGUCAGUGACCCGGUCCUAAGCCAUAGUUUGAGAAACUAGGAUGAUGCUCUUAUUGAAUGAGCACUAACUUGCUGUUUAUAAAACAAAAGUAAGUGAUAUUUAUCUUUUUUAAGUUAUGUCUGUGUUAAAAUGUAAAAAAUGUUGUUUCUUUUGAAACUGUGUAUUCCUUUUGAAUUUGCCUUUUUAUCUUUUUGAGGGGUUUCACUCAGAACAUAGAAAACCUUCUUUUCCAGCUACAUUGAAGUUCAGCUUUGCUCAGUUCUGGGUUAACAUCCAUUCCUGCUUGUUUACGAUGGCAUCACUCUACAAUGAACACCCGCAAAAAUGCCUUUUAACUAUGUUUUUACUCCAGGUAGAUUUUUUUAUUUUUGUUUUUUUUCUAUGAAGGUCUUUUGUAUUCUGUAGUCCUGUUCAUUCUAAUUAAUGCAAACCACAUGGUUCCCAAUCAUACCAGGAGCCCUUUACACUCGUUGCCAUGGAAACUUAAUGUCCUAUGUGUUGGCAAUUGGCUCCUACUGCCAGUAAUUCAGUCAAAAAGUCAAUUAGCCAUUCACUAAACCCCUCCCCUGAACAGUGAUUGUCCAGUCUCAGCUUAGCAACUAAGCAUAGCCUGUCAAGGUCUAUAUUUCUCCGCCAUGUUAAAGCGGUGUGCAUGGAGCUGUAAUAAACUCAAUCCUCUGCAUUUAAAGACGUUUGAUGUCGUUUUGUUUUAGCCUUUUCAAAAACACAAAAUCAAAAAGUAAGAAAUGGAUUAAACGUGAAAUGUCUUUGUGUUUAUCUGCUCUAAGCUACAAUCAUUAGCAUGUCUGGCUAACUAGCUCACUGCCUACAGUGAUGACCGAGUGUUGCUUUUCAAGGCCAAGAAGCGUAUCAUUAGCCGACUACAGUAGUUUGUUGGUCCUCAGGAAACAAACAGCUUGUCUCGCUAAAGCUUAUGCUAACAUUCGCGUUUCUGUUCUGCCCUUUAUUUUACAUGAAGCUUACAUUCUACCAACUCAGGCCAAACUUGUUAGCUGUACAUUACUGUACAUUAGCCAAAGUCCUGUAACGCUAAAGGUGAAAACAUAUGAUUUGAAAAUAUGAACAAUUAUAAGCUAAAUCAAUAAAAAGAGUACGUUAGAAUGAAAUAACGAGCUGAGUGGAUGUUUCGAAUGCGGUUUUUACAAAUUUCACAAGCUCGGCAUAAGUAAAUGAAAUAAUUCAUAAUACAAAAAUACUGUGUUCAUUCGUCUAUAUUGCUUCCUGUUUUUUAUAUUUAAGUGUUGAUCCAUAAGAAGAUAUAUUUGUGGUUUUAAGAACCAAAAACCAUCUCAAUGUAGUUCUACAUCUCCUGUUUCGGGCUUCUCUCUGGAGAUCUAGUAACAGGUCGGUGAGCCAAUCAGAAGAGAGGAGGCUCUGAGCCUCUUUUCUGAUUGGCUUACUGCUUUCUGAGUGACUGAAUAAAAAUAUAGCAGAUAUAAGGUGAACACUCAGAGAAACAAAAUCCAGGUUGGCAGGGCUUGGGGCAUGCCUCGACUGCUUUGUUGUGACAUCACAAAGUUACAGAAGUCCUGACGGCUCAUUUUAAGGCUCAGUUUCUGAAUACAGACCGUGUGCAUUUCUCUGUGGACUGAGCGCUUUGAUACUUUCACAGUAUUAAUAUAGAACCUAGACCUGCUUUGGACAUGGAUAUCUACCUUUAAUGCCACACGAAUUACAACCUACUGCAUCUGUUGUGUAAUACUACUACUGAUGCGUAAUGUUCCCACAAUGAUGUAAUUAUUCAUAAAAUCAGUCUAACAUUUGGUGUAAACUUGCCACCAUAACCUUCAAAACAAGCCACAACAUAACUGUGCGUGUGCACACCUGCAUGCUCGUCAUUGGUGUGCUCAAAAAGCUCCACACCUCUGGAGGCCUGCUAUUGUUUAUCUCUGUCUGAAAUCAAGAAGCCAUUGUUUACAAAAACAAACAAAAAUUUGAAUUGAAUGACAGGCGUAGAAAGAGUAACAAGGGGAGGGAGUUAACUAACAAUCUAACAGUCAGUCCAGAACUGGUUGAUUAACAGAAGGUUUUUAGAACAAGGGCCUAAACCUUAAUUUAUUUAUUUUUAAUGUGUUUUAUGCACAUGAAUGAAUGAAUUUUUUUGUACAUUUCUUUUUAUGUUUCCAAUGAAUCAGCAGCUUGGUUUCUGAGCUGCUGGUGCUUUAUCCUGUGACCUCUGACCUCUCUGUCAGUCUUUCUGACCACUGCCCUUUGUUCUUACUGCUCAGGAGUCUCCAGCCAUGAGAAGAUGUGGUAAAACUUAAUCACCCUGGUUCACAAGCCAUUUUCAUAGCCUGACUGCUAGAAACUAAAGGAUGUAAUUCUGGCCAGUUAGAAUAUAACAAAGUAUAUUGUUAGCAAUUUGAUUGGCUGCUGUUGUUUUAAAUCCUUGAUGAGCCGGAUGACAGAUGGGUAGUCUGUCAAUAAAACGGUGUGUUGUGCUGUAUAUGUAAGAUUCAAGCCCAAGGUUUUAAACACCAUGUUGGAACAGAAAGGUGAACCUAGUGAGGGCUUUUUCUCUGUAAGAUACUGUUAAUAUUUAAAAUCCAGGACUGUUACAUCAAUAAUUACAUCAAUAUCAAACAAUGUGUUUUUAAUCAGCUCAUGUAAUAGUAUUGACUGCUGAGGUAAAAUUACAAUGAGAAAUAAAGCUGAAUGAAAGGCA